GCGGUGUACGGGUUUCUCUUGUUUUCGUGAUUUCGUUUUCUGACACUUUUAGAUGUGUAAGGUUUAUCAGGUUUUAGCUGGUGCGUGAAUCAUUUCUGUGAAAGUUUGUAGCUAGCAGUUUUCGAAAUGGUUAUUUUACAAUAUAUUAAUUGUUGUGACUUCUCGUAGCGUUUUUGUACGUAUACAUCAAGAAUUCAGAAGAUGGAAUCUAUAAGGAAAUGGUUCUACAAGCCCAAGAGAGAUGAUCCAUCCUUGCUGGCGCAGUUUUUCUAUGCCGAUGAGGCAUUAAACCUUGUUGCAGCUGAACUGGAUAGCUUUGAUGGACGCAAGGAUCCAGAGAGAUGUACAGCCCUUGUUAACCAUCUCAGGCAAUGCCAGGAUAAGGUGUUAACUAUCUGCAAUCACAUUAUGGAUGAUGUUAUUCCUACUGAGAGAGCAAACAGGGACUUCCGUGUCAAAUUUCCAGAUGAUGUAAUGCAGGAAAACUUGGCUGGUCAACUAUGGUUUGGUGCUGAAUGUUUGGCUGCUGGUUCUAGCAUCAUGAAUCGCGAGGGUGAAAGUUCGGCAAUGCGGCCAUUAGCAAAAGCAUUAACAAAGGCGCUGGAGAAUGUUCGCAACCUCCUUCGAGAACAGUGUCUCCGUGGAAACACUAGCAACCUUGCUUUGAAGCCAAAUUUAGCCAGUGGGAUUAAUGAAGUGAUUGGAGAAAGACUGCAGGAGGCACUCAAGAUUUUUGAUCGCCUCUUUGCAGAAUUUGAACUGUGUUAUGUGAGUGCGAUGGUGCCUGUGAAGUCAACCAAGGAAUAUGAACUGCAGCAGUUAGUUGUUGUUUUGUUCUCUGAGACAUUGCAGAGAGCAUUAAAAAUGAAUCUUCUAACAGAGGAGAUGGUAGAUGACUAUGAUCCAGCGCUUAUGUUUACAAUCCCACGUCUUGCCAUUGUUAGUGGUCUGCUUAUUUUCCCUGAAGGUCCACUGUGCCUCGACAGAACACCUGCUGAUAUGUCUGAAAUGUUCCGUCCUUUCAGGACUUUGCUACAUAAGAUACGUGAGUUAUUGUGGACAUUGAAUAGCAAGGAACUGUUUACUCUUGAAAAAUUUUUGUGUUCAUCAGAAGAACCUAUUGACUUUCGUUCUUCGGGCCAUUCAGUUGAAAUUGACGAAGCUGCUGAAUCAGUCGGAACAGCCAACGCAGCCCCAUCGUAUCCCACAGUGCCUGAUCUUGAUGAUUUCGUCACUCGCUUUUACAUUGACUACCCAAGCUGUAAGCAGUUUGUUACAGACUUUUAUGCCAGUACAUCUUCAAGAAAUGUUGGAGAAAUUCAAGAUCCCCUUAACAAUGGAGUGAAUGAAAAUAUUUCCAGAAUUGAGUUGUGUGCCAGUGUUACAAACAUAUUCAGGACUGAGGAAGAAGCAAAAGUAUGUGACAGUGAAGUUGUUCCAUCAUGGGAGAGCACUGAAGAAAGUGAAGAUGAAACUGAGUAUGUGGGUGAAACUUCAGAAUGUGAAACUGUUGUUACAGGUGCAUAUGAGUCGGAAGAGAUUACGAGUUCUGUUGAGAAUGACGGUAAUACUUUGACAUCAUUACCAGAAGAUUUCCCAACAGAAUAUAGUAAUCCUGAGUUGGGAGAAAACUUGGUACUUGGAGAACGUUUAAGUACAGGUCAGCAGUCAGCAUCAUCUUCCUCAUCUUGUGCUUCCAACCUUGACUUCCAGAUGAAAACAUAUGAAUCUGCCAGGCUUACAGCCACUACAGUAGAGUCCCAAUAUUCUGAUUCCUGCAGUCACUUGCCAUAUUCAGAUACAAUUAAAAUUCCCACACCUAGUGUGUGUGGAUUUCUUCUUGCUAACCAAGUGGGUCAUGAGUCAAUGCUUGCACAUAUGGAAAGAAUUACAAGUCCUAGAAUGCCAGACCUAUCUCCGGGUGCUGGAGGAUCACUUCCUGAUGGGGAUUCCCGUGAAGCUCUGUCAGUUGCGACAGCUACUCUGUCCACUUUACUGCUUAGCAGCCCAAAUGUUUCUCCUGUUGGUGAUGUGUCAAAUGACAUUGAAGAAGAUUCAAGUAUUCAGUCACCUUUAGAUUCUGGAGUGGGCACUGUUGUAAGUUAUAGUGACACUGGAAGUUUUUCAGACAGAUCGCCUGAUACAGCUUCAGCUCCUUCAUUGAUAUCAAGUGAAACAAAAAUGACAGAGAAUUCAUGUACUGCUCAGACUUGCUGUAAUAAUGCUCAUAAAUGUCAACAACAGUGGCAAGUUGAAACUAUUCCAUGCAGCUGUACUCUGAGUGAUAGACCAGCAGUGUCCAGUAACCCUAGCAGGUGUGUGAAUGAAUUACAGAAUUGUUCUGCUGAGUCUUACAGCAGUGUUAGCACAAACACAGGAGGUGGAUCAUGUCAGGAUUUUGAUGUGGAUGGGUGUUUUAUAACUGUAGUUAGAACAUGUAAUGAUGAUAUCUGUGAUACGACUGUGGUUGACAGUGGUGAGAACAUUGUGGCUUUUCAGGAUUGCUUCUUGACUAUAGAAGCAGAUAAUGUUGACAAAGAGGAUCUAAUAUCAUCUGAUGUUGGGUCUUUCAAAGUUUUAAGUGAUGGAGAUAAAGAAUUCGCAAAUUUUACGUCCUGUAGUGAAAGUAAGAGGGACAGGGUUUUCUGUAAUGAAACCACCACUAGAAAUUUUAGUCCAACUUCUAGUAGUUUUCAGAACAAUAGCCAAGAGACAAAUGUUCUUAUGUCUCAUAAUGUAGGUAACUUUAGUUAUGGUGCUGCAAAUGUCAGUAAUGCUGCAUCCUGUAAUAUUGAUAUACCGCAAGAGUUUGAAGAAAAUACUGAUGAUCCUAAUGGAGGUGAGAUUUACAAGAGGACAGUAGGGCUUAUUAACGAUGUACCUGUAACUACCUUCCAGUUGAAUGGGUCAAAUAAGGACAUGGUUGUUACAUCAAGUGGGAGACAUGAACAAAACAAAACCUUGCCUUGUAUUGUGGUGAAGGUGGAUGGGGAACAAGACAAAGGUGGAAGUGAAAAAUGGUUUGGUGUAGCAAAUGGAGAAUGCCAGUGUAGUUUAUGCAGUAUCAACAAUCAUGAUGGAGCUCAAAGUCAAACCUCAGAUUGUCUCCUGAAUAGUGCAGGCAACUGGGAACAUCGUAUGAUAAAGCAGCAGAGUGAAGUGCAUGAUUCAGGUUUAGAAUGUGCAACACAAAUAAGUAGUCAUUUGGCUCAGAAAACAGCUGAAAUUGGAAGGAUAGUGGGAAAUAGAAAUGUUUUUCUUCAGACUAGUUCCUCACAAAAUGUUGCAUCUGAUACAAAUAAUCAGCCUGGUGGAUCAACAUUGGCAGUAAUUCCUAGUCAAAGUGGAAGGAGCCUUGAUGUGCCACUAGCUAGCAGCUUUUCUUCUACAAGUUCAAGUUGCCAGAGUUCAGUCACAGUAAGUUCUGACAGUUGCAGCAUGAGCAGUGAUACUUCGUCUUUCAAUUCUGAAUGCCAGGAUGAUGAAGAAAUUGCUUUGGCAAUGCAAGCAGCUGAGAUAGCCAAUCGAAAUGAAGCCCGUGCAAAGUUCAGGUCAAGUGAGGAUUUGGUUCAUCGCUUGUUUGUGUGCAUUGCUGGUGUGGCAGACCAGUUGCAGACAAAUUUUGCAGGUGAUCUUAGACACAUUCUGAAGUGUGUGUUUCUUAUGAAUGCAUCAAGUAGCAUUAGCACAGAGGAGCAAGAUUCAGAGGAAGGUCCUGUGACAGCUGUAUCUGUUGAACAAGAAUCACUUUCUUCCCCUUCAGGAUAUAAUGAUUUCUCGCGUCCUGUGGAGAAUGCAGAAGAAGCUCUCUCAACAGGUUGGGAGUCUCCAGCAAGUCCAAUGGAAGUGGAAUCACCUCCACCUUGGAUUCCAGAUGACAUGGCUCCUCGUUGUAUGUCUUGUGAAGCUGUGUUCACUGUUGUUAGGAGGCGCCAUCACUGUAGAAACUGUGGAAAAGUUUUUUGUGCACGGUGUAGUUCCAAUUCCGUCCCACUGCCCCGAUAUGGCCAUGAAAAACCUGUGCGGGUCUGUAAUCGUUGCUUCUUGUACCAAGUGACUCCAUUUACUCUGGAAGAAUUGGCCACAAGAUCAUAGUGUCUGAUACAUUUUUGCCUAUAACUGCCUUUCUGCCUACUUGCCUGUACAGUUCCACCACAUCUUCAUGUGUUUCCUUCUGCCUAACACCAGUUUCACCAUAAGGGAAUUAGCUGGUACAGAAGCAUUCUUCUCCAAGGAAUCUAUAUAUUUGUUAAAAUAAGAACUAAGGCAUGGGUUUUGAUAUUGAAAACAAUAUGAAUUUAGUAAUUGUUAAUUUCCAGAAUGCUGGUCAGUCUCUAGUUAUUACAAAUUUAAUAUUGUAAAAUUGGCUUUGUUGUUUUUAUUUUUGUUAAAUUUGAAGAUGAUUGUUGAUAUUUUUAACGAUUUAAUUGGUAAUAUUUUGUAAUGCAACCUCUGACUGAGUUUCCUGAUGUUUUUGUUGCCCAGUUACAGAGCAGUGCCCUUUUCACAGUCUCUUUAAGACAGAAACCAAAAAUUGCAAAAGUUUGGACCUAAGAAAGAUGAAGUAAGUGGGCAGUUUAGAAUAUUACAUAACAACAAAUCUCGUGAUUUACACAGGUCACCUAAUAUUACGUAUUAGGUUUGUGCAGUCUAGGAGAUUAUGGUGUGCAGAUGACUAGGAUGGUGUGUGACAAGGUUUGCAUACAAAUGUUUGGUGCAGAAAUCUCUUAGGAAACAGCCACUUGGAAUACCAAGCAAGAGAUUGGUGAGGUAGUUUUUCUUUGUCUUUGGCAGUGGUGUUAUAUUACUACAGUAAUCUCCCAUUUAUCCAGGUAAAUAAAGGGGAGAACAUUCAUGAAAAAUUUUAAAAUGCAGAUAAUCCAAAAUAUUUUGAUGCAUUUACAAAUUACUGUACUCUCUCUCCCUUUUAUACACACACACACACACAAAACUUAUUCUGAGAAACAGUUUGUACAAAGACCACUUGUUUUUGUGAACUGUUUAGACCAGCGUUUCUCAACCUAUGGUACGCGAGCCAAUGUUAAGUGGUUCGUGAGCUAAGUAAGAAAAUCAAAGUUAGUAUUAUCAUAAAUAACUAUUUUCCCUGAACCCAUUUGGUUAGUGGUACAUUAAUGUGUUAAAUUAGAAUUAGUGGUAUGCCAGCAAGAAAGGUUGAGAACCCCUGUUGUAGACUAUUCCUCACAGCAGUUUUAAUUUUCCUGGCGGUUAUACUGCCAUUAUAUCCUGACAUUUGAACCAUCUCUGACCCAUUUAGUCUAGUAAAGUGGCAUUUACACUACUUUUUCCAUAUUCUUCACUCUUACCCUCCUCACCCUUUUCUUCUCUCUUUUGUUUCACAGCAGCAUUGACAGUGUCUGUCUGUCAUGUGCUGGAAGCCUGGUUCACAAUCAUCACUCUGUUGCCAUUAUUUUGCAUUAUGUUUAUCAACUUUUGACGCUUCUCAUAGCACAUGCCAUGUCAAGAAUUUUAGAUUGCUAAUUUAUUUCUUAAGUAAACCUUGCAAAUAAUCUUCUAGAUCUGGGACAAGUUUUCUCCACAAUCAAAUCACCAUUUCUGGAUAUAUGGAAGACCAUGCGAGAAUACACUGUAUAUAGCAUCUACCACCAUCAUUUUUUACAUAAUCCUGUUAUGUUAUCUUCAUCACCAAGAGUUCUGAGAAGGUCCACCUGGCAGCUUUAUUUCAUGGACAUAAGCACUCAGUCCCAUAAUGUUUCAUCACCAGUUCACUCUUGUAAAUUUUUUCAGCUAACUCAAGCUUUUGUUUUGGUGUCAAUACCAUGUUCUUGUGUUCUCUCUCUCUCCCUCCCCCCCUCUCCCUCUCCAGCCAAUUCAGUUUUGAUCUGCAAAGUAUUAACUAUUACUUUCACUAUUAUGUUUUUCAGCAGAAUUGGCGGCUGAGUCGAGUUCUGCUCUUUGUGAGUGACCAGUCGGCACAAAGAAAGUCUGCUGAUAAGCAGCUAGACCUCAGUCUGUUAAGAAACACCGUGGUAGAAGCAUCGGCAGCUGCACUGCAUUGUUGCCAAUUCUAACAUGUUCUUUGCGUAGUGUUGUGGAAUCCAAUGUCCCGCGAUGCUGUAUCUGGCACCUCUCUAUGUUGUUACCUAACUAUCUCACCCCUUCAAGUACCACCAAUACUUCCUACCAUGGCACAGUACAUGUGAUUGGUGUACACUCCAGCCGCCAAUUCGGCUGAAAACAGUUUAGGCAUGUAAUACAGUGUAACAGAAUUGACUGAGGGACACUAGUAUUUUAAAAAUACCAAGCACCUGUAGCAUGCCCUUUCUCCAUCACACUGACCAUUAUAGAAAAUCUUCCCAAGGAAUUACUGAUACUAAUUAAUGAACAAAAAAAUGUGUUGUUGGCCAUAUAUUCUGUAGAUCCACCCAAAACAACCUCCAUCACCCCAAGUGGACAGUCUGGUGUGGAAUUAUAUCAACAGACAAGUUCACAUGUAUCCACAGUUACACUACCAUGAAAAUUUUAGGUGCUAUGGUGACCUGGUAUCUGAGGUUUAUGCAAGCCUGGUUUUGUAGCUGAUGUUCCCUCCCUCUUAACCCCCCCCAACAAAAGAUGUUUAGAGGCAUCAGUUUUAUAUUUCCUUUUAUCUAGAAAAUUAUAAAAAUUACAGUAUGAAACUGCAUAAAAAUAAUUUUGAAAUAUAGAUAAAUGCAUAAGUUAGUUAUUACCUUGUUUAUUUUAAACAUAAUUUAGGGUGAAAAUUUGUUUCAUCGAUUUUACUUUGAUAUUUCUAAGAUUUAUUUUUAAUACACUUAGAACAUUAAGUAUGCUGUCAUCUAUUGUUUUGUUGUUUUCAAAACAGUUCGUUAACAUCCGCAUGGCAUCCUGGGCAGGCAAUGUUUUUUGAAUGUAUUUCUCUGUCUUGGUUCCUGUAUUCUUUAUGUAAUACUACAUUUAUUAUGUCAUCAUUUAUAGGUAUUUCAGAUUUUGCCGAAUCGUCGUCAGUGUUAAUGAAAUCUUCAAUAUUGGGAACAUGUUCAAAGGUUUUUAUUUCACUCACUUUCAGUUACUCAGAAAAACAAGGUUCACCUUCAGUGACAGUUUUGUUAUUUAAAGAAACAUCUGAUAAUAAGCUGACUCGGCUGGGGCGUGAUGCUGACCACCUCACCCCCACCUAGUGCCGAGGUCAAGAAAGAGUUGGAGCUGUAUCUCCACUCCCCUGAAACACCUAUAUGGCAUGUAGCGGGAUAGCUUUUUUUCUCAAACAGUUUGAACCAUUGCAGGUGUAAUAGUAUCUCAGACAUUUUUCAUUAAAUAAAUCACGCUUGUUAUUUACUUCUUGUCAACAAGGACCUCUGAAAUGUUGGUAAACUUCUGUCAGACUAUAUGGUCCACUUCCUUACAUAUUGUUUUAAAAUGUCAGAAGUUGCCCAUCCUUUUUAUUAGUUACAUAUUCAACAGAAGCAUCUUUACACUUUUCAAAUGUUGAGGCUUUUGAGAUUGUUCAAUUACAGUUCUUUUUUGUCCAUUCUACUCAUAUCUUCACAUAUCAACACUGUUAAAUGGUUUUUCAGCUUCUUGCCACACAUUUUUCAUCUUUAAAUUACACGUUUUUUUUGGAGCCAUGUUGUAGAACACCUUUUUGUGCCAACGGGCACAUUUGAGAGUUUAUGAGAUCGUGGUGGUCACCAAC